CAUGCACAUUUCCGUUGUAUGCAAAUUAUUAUUGUUGGUAGAUCACAAGGAGUUGUUGGGAGCUGCGCUGCCCUGAAUUUUUUUGCACCACUAAAAUGAAUACCCUUGCCCCGCGGGUGGCCGGGGCAAGGCCCACCUCCACCUUCAUUACUAGCGUGUGUAGAUGCCCAGUUAUAGCCGCAUCUCGUUCAAUUCCUCAUGGAUCAUCCAGUCGACCCGACUACACCUCAUCGGUGCUUGCCAGCCGAAUGGAGCCUAACAACAUACGGCGAUGCCCCGGGACAUUGGUCACCCGUGCAGCAGCAGCGGCAAUUGAGGAACAGGAGGAGGAAAUUGGUGCAAACGCAGCGGUAGAUGCUAUCGUUCGCUAUGCCCUUAACCUGGCGCGCGCGUCUGAGACAUACGAGGUGCACGCCUGGAUGUUGUUGCUGGGAAUUCUCAAGUACGAAAACUGCAGUGCGGCACAGAUCCUCAAAAAGCUGGGUCUUGAAGACCUAUACGGCGCAUGGAACGAGGUCCUCUGGGCUCUGAACGUCUGCGACGGUCUGAAGCCGCGCAGCUUCGUCACGGAGAUGAAGUUCUCCAACGGUGCGGCUUCGGUGCUUGCAGCAGCGUCAGAUUUCGCAAAGUGGCACGGCAAGAGCAAGAUGGGCUCGGAGGACAUGCUCAUGGCGCUUGCGGCCGGCAAGGUAUUUGAGGGUCUGUUCCCGGACCUCAACCUCAACUUUGAGCGCGUCCGCAAGGCAGUGGAGAAGCAUACAGGGCGGCGAUACGCGCUGCCAGGCGAGGAGCAGGAUGAGGAGCGAGGGCCGCUUAAGUCGGAGGACGACAUCUCCUUCUUGUAAGGACAGCUGCGCAUGGGCGGGUUGGCCAGUUGCUGUAGCGGGAGGGUUGAGGGACGCUCGGGGGGGGGGGCUGUUGAUUCCAGUUAAUUAGUUAUGAGCGGUCAGACGAAGCGGUUAGACGAAGAUGCUGGGUGACCCAGGGGUCACGAAGCGGCACAUGCCUGGGGGCAGUGGGCGUUCCUUUUUUUUCCGCGCAUACAAAUACGCAAUGCAGCUGCCACUGUCGCGGACGCCGGCCGAUUGUUGAGCGUAGACGUGCUGCUAAGGGCGCUGCUGUACCUGACCGGUGGCAUAGAGUAGGUGAGGCAGCAAGUGCGGGGGUUAGGGACGUUGUAUGGUUGUGACAACGCUGCGGAGGCACGUAUGGCGUGCCGCGCCGGUCAGGCACCGUUGCCUGCUGUGGUGAAGCGGUCGGGAGGUUUGAGGCAAUUUUAUAUAACAUAACAAAAAAGUUAGGGCAGUUACAUGGGCGUAAUGCAUUGCUGCGCGCUGUGGUGUGACGCUGUGGCGAUAUGGAUGUUAGUUACCGGGCAGAAGAGGAAGCCAACGAGUUGUUGUAGGUUGGUUGAGGCGUGAGACUCUCGCUGGGGACGAGGGCGCGAGGGGUCUCGCUGGACAAGGUUUUGGUGUGUUGGGGCAGGUUGAAGAUUCUGCUUACUGAACGGCUUGCCUGUUUGCCUGAGCAAUGGGACGGGGCUUUGGCAUGGAUGAUGCUCAAGACAAGAAGAGCCCGUGGAGGAUCGUCUUUAGUUGAGCCGUAGAUGUACCGGUGUAUGCUCAAGCCACAGGAAGGAACCGGCGACCUUCAGGGCUGCCUGGCACCACAACACGUCCGAGCUGUGUAACCAGAGGGAGGGAGUA